AUGGUGCAGACAGAGAGCAGGCUGAAUGGACCCUCCAUCGAUGCGAUGCUACGAGGUCUCACGGAGAGACCCAACGUCCAGUCUACGCUGAUAUUGUCGAGAAGAGAUGGAUCCAUUAUCGCAGCCACGGGGGUCGCGGCUUCAAAGAUGCCGACCGCGUCUACGCCUGCUACAGGAAUUUCAUAUACCAAAUACACGCAGACGCAGCAGGCGGCACCAACUCCGGUCGAGGGUGGAAGCGACGUUACACAAGGAGCAGCUGAGGCCACAGAGACCGCACAAGAGAAGCCGCCCCAGCCCGUUGAGCUGCUGGCCUCCUCAAUUUUCCAAUUCGUCACCAACGCCGACGCGCUGGGUGUGACGCUCGGAACAGUAUCGCGCGGCACAACCGGGUCUGAGGGGCCACAUGGCGGCUCAGGUCACAGCGACGAUACGACGGGGUCCAAACAAGAUGCCGGGAACGAAGAAGAGUCGGACCAGACACGAGGCGAGGAUGACGUGCAGCUAUUGAGGCUGCGGAUCAAGCACCAAGAGAUCAUCAUCUUUCCCGACCCGAACUACAUCUGCUGUGUGAUCCAAAGAACGGGGAAGAUCGGCGCGGUCACGCACCGAUAG